AUUCCAUUCCAUUCCAUUCCACCACUUCGAUCUUCUUCUCCAUUAAUAAUACACAAAACAAAACCAAAAUACUACUCCUUAGUCAAUAUAUAUACUACAGAUCGAUCUCUCUGAGUAGCAGAGCAGAGAUGGGAAAGAGAAGUGCCUCGUUUUUGCUGGUGUUAUUGUGGGUGGUUGUUGCUGUGUCUGUGGUGGAGGUGUGCUGGUGUUGGGGCGAGGAGGAUCCUAAUGUUUAUAACAACGCCGCCAAGGACGACGACUGGGUGAAGCUGGGGGAGGAGAAGGCGAAAGUGAAAGCGGAAGAAGCGAGGCAGGGGGCGACGGAGACCAUGCAUGACGCCAAGGACAAGGCUGAUACUUGGACUGAUUGGGCUUUUGGCAAGUUCUCCGAGGGAUUUGGAUUCGAUCAAGAGGAUGCCAAAGAGGCAGCUCAUAGGGUCAUGGAUAAAGUUGGAGAUGCUGCGUUAAAAACUACACAGACAAUGAAUUCUGCUGCAUCCGAAGCAUCAAAAUAUGCUGCUGAAAAGGCUGGUGACGCAGCGGAGAAGAUGGGCGAUGGAAAGAGCUAUGCUUCUGACAAGGCAGAUCGAGCAAUGGACAUGACUGGUGAUGUUAAGGACACAAUGGAAAGAACGAUGUCACAUGGGAGAGAUAAAGCUUCCAAAGCAUGUUCCUUGGCUUCCGAAAAGGCAGAUCAAGCAAAGAAUAUGGCUUCAGAUAUGGCCGGAAAUGCCAAGGAGACAAUGGCUGGAGCAAUGUCAAGUGGGAAAGAUAGAGCCUCUGAUGCCUAUAACUAUGCUUCUGAUAGUGCAGAUGCAGCUACAAAAAGGGCUUCGGAGAGAGUUGGCGAUGCCAAAGAUUCUAUAGAUGAAACAAUUUCCCAUGGAACAAACAAAGCUUACAAUGCUUACAACGAUGCUAAAGGCACUGCCGGUGAUACAUACAAUUCAGCCAAGGAAACCGUGACUGAUAAGACAAAGGAGAUGUACGAGCAGGCCAACGAGAAGGCUUCUACAUACAAUUCAGCCAAGGAAACCGGGACUGAUACUGAUAAGACAAAGGAGAUGCAUGAGCAGGCCAACGAGAAGGCUUCUCAAGCCACGGGUGAUCUUGGAGCCAAGAUGAGACAGACUUCCGCAGAGCUAUGAGCGGUCAGAGACCUUCAAAACCAACUUACUUCAAGCUGUUGAGGAACCCUUGUGUGAUUCAUCGUUUUUAAUUUCCUUUUGUUAUUCUCUUGCUUUAUAAGGAUCUUGAAAUUUCAGCUGUUUCAAUAAACAUCAUCAUCUUGUAAGUGA